UAUAUAAUAACAAGCAAUAAUAAAAGUAAGAAAAUUAGACAAGUAUCUAUCUAAAGUAAGAUUUUUUUCUUUCAGAAGAAGAUAAGAGGCUCACCACGGUGGUGCAGGCGACGAGAUCGGCGCGAGCGAUGGACGGCGGUGAGACGGGGACGGGAUGUGACGGACCGCUAAAUCUAGACAAAUCUCGGGGAAAAUGGAGUUUUGAGGUCGAGCUUCGAGGGGAGAAAGCUUAACUAGCGUGGCUUGGGCAUUUCAUCGAACACCUCGUGUGCAUAGGAGGUGAGAUAGAGCACCCAAAUGCCCUCUCCUCGCCGGCCAGAAAAAAUAGAGCACUUUGGAGUGCUCUGCUGCGGCAACGGGGUAUAUAUAGGCAACCCAUUUGUCCCACUUCGAGGCUGGAACCGGCACUAAAGCCCAAUCUUCUGUCCCGGUUCGAGCCAAAAAUCGGGACCAAUGUUUGUGGGUCAGGAGCGAGGCCCAUUGGUCCCGGUUCGUGCCUAGAACAGAGACAAAUGGAUCCAUACGAAUCGGGACCAAUGCCCACGAGGCCCCGGCCGGCCCUCUGGGCUCACGAACCGGGACGAAUGCAUCCAUUGGUCCCGGUUCGUGGAAGAAUCGGGACUAAUGAGCAGGCCAGGUCCGAACGAAAACCCCUUUUCUACUAGUGGAUGGAGUACUCGCCGAAGCUGGCAGUGCUGCUGCUCUUAGCUCUUGCGUCCGCCAUGGCAGUCAUGGCCCAGAACUCGCAGAAGGACUUUGUAGAUGUCCACAACGCUGCGCGCGCCGACGUGGGCGUCAGGGAGGUGACGUGGGACGAUACGGUGGCGGCCUACGCACAGUCCUACGCGGAGCAGUGCCGCGGCGACUGUAAGCUGAUACAUACUUCGCCGGGCGGUCGGUACGGAGAGAACCUCUACGGAGGCGACGGCUUUGGGACCAAGUGGACGGCGGCGGACGCCGUGUCAUCGUGGGCGAAAGAGAAGCAGGACUACGACCACGGCAGCAACACCUGCUCUGCGAUUUGCGGGCACUACACGCAGGUGGUGUGGCGCAACUCGACGGCCAUCGGCUGCGCCCGCGCCGUCUGCGCCAGCGGCAACGGCGUGUUCAUCAUCUGCAGCUACAGCCCGCCGGGUAACUACCCCGGGGUGAGCCCAUACUAG